AUGGAUAAUGCAGAGAAUAUAAUUACAGAAAUCUUUAAAAAUGAAAUAUAAGUCAAAAGACUUAAAAAAGGUAAUUAAGUUAAACAUAAUAGAAAUUUAAUCUUUGACAUAAUUGAAUCAAAAAGAAUUUAAAAUAACACUAAAAACAUUAAGCCCUAAUUUAUAAAUAAUUGUAUAAUGUCUUACUAAAGUAGGUUGAAAUGCCUCCAAUAGAUUCAUUAAAUUCAGAUAAGCCAAUCAUUUUUGCAUUAUAUUUAGAUAAUAGAUUUCCAUUUGUUUUUCCUAAAGUCCAUAUAUUAAGCUAAGUAGCUUUAAAAAUAAAUCUAAGUUUACAAAACCAACCUUGUCUGAUGGUCGAGAUUAUCUAGAAAAUAUAAUUUCAGGACCAUGGAGCCCUUCAAUUUUGCUUUAUGAAAUAAUUAAAAUGUUUCCACAAUUUCUAGUAAUAUGAUAAAUUUUAAUAUUAGGAAACAAUUAAGAAUAACCAAAAUAAUAAAGAUUAUCUACUUCAAUUAGGAAAUUAUUAAGAGAAUUAAGAAUUUGAUUUAAAUAUUGGCUUAUAAAAUGUUGAUUAUUUGCAAUGUUAAUAAAUAAUUAAUGGAAAAUAAUUUCCAAGAACUAUUUUAAUUAGUGAGAGUCAUCUAUUAAACCUUGAAUAUUAAAACAAAGAAUCAAUUUUAUUAAAUUACUAUUGCAUGAUGAAUCUUCAAAAAAUUGAGAAAGUUUAAAAAAAUAUCCUAUUAAAUUGGUAAAUGAAUGAUGGUAGCUUAAUUAUUCAAACAUUAACUUCAAAUAACUUAGAUUAGAUUUAUAAUAUAAUUAAUUCAUAUAAAUUAGGAUAAACUUAAAAAAAAUUUAAUUAAGAUGAUGUAACAUUACAAAAAUUUGAAUCCAUUUAAAUUAAUGAACUUUUGUAAUAGAUGAAUUUUAAUGAAAUAGAACUUUCUAAAAAUCUUAAUAAAAUUUCUUUACAUAAUCUAAUGACUUCAUAUUAAAAAGUAAUUUAAUUUAAAAAUUAUAGGCUAUUGAGUAUUAUUCAGCAUUUUCAGAUGAAGAUUAUAAAUAGUAUGUAAUUCGUCUUUAAACUUUACUUGGUAGAGAAGAUGUACAAACCAUUUUAGCUUGUCCUGUUAAAUGA